AUGGUCCUAACCAAUCUGGCUGCACCCUUUUGGGGUGUCCUCGCUGACCGAGGCUGCCUCAAAAGGAAGCACAUCUUGAUGCUUGGAUCGCUGGGAGAGGCAACUGCUGCCCUUCGGCAACACCACUUCGGAAAGACCGAAAGACCUGGAGCUGCACUGAGAACGGUCAGGCCCAUUGUGAAUGGCAUUGUGGCAGAUUCGACCUCUGACGAUCGCCGUGGCAAAAUGUUCUCCUAUGUGCAGAGUGCGCUGUUGGUGGGCAUGUGCCUGACGACACUGGUUGCUGGCAAUUUGGCCAACAUCACAAUUGGUACCUUGGCAGAACUCAUACUGCUGAGACGAGCCACAGUGUAUUCGUAUUCGAAUCUAGAGCAAGGCUUUUUGAGCAGGCUCAAAGUGGGAACUAGCUCUUGA